UGGCAUACCCACCCCCGAUUCGACCCAUUGCCAUCCCUAAUCCUGGGUGCCAUGCGGGGAGGGGAAUCCACCACCACUGUGGUGGGAACCCAUUGCCAUUUAUUGAUGGGGGGAACUUUGAAUAAAUCCUUCUUUUCUUUUAGAUAAUUGCGAAUUCAUGAGUUAAUUUCACCAUUUAUUGAUAGUGUUUUUUUUAGGGGUUACAUUGGAGGAAAGAAAUCCCACUGGGGUUUGAUACUGGGUGCCAUGCGGGGGAGGGGAAUCCACCACACCUUUGGCAUUUAUUGAUAGUUUAUGAUUGAGAAAAAAUGGGGAAUAAUUAUAUUUAAGUGAAAAAUGGCAGGUAGGGUUGCUCAUCCCACCCUGAAAGGACCAAGCGUGAUCAGGGAGAUGUGUUUUGGUCUUGUGGCUGCUUUUGCUGCUGGGAGCUUUUGGAAAAUGUAUCACUGGGAUUUGCAGAAGAAGACCAGGUCAUUUUAUGAAUUGCUGGAGAAAGAUGAAGUCAGUGUUGUUGCAGAUGAAUAGAUGCAGCUUACUUUUAGUUUUCUGUCAUAUGAUUUUAUUAAAGAAUUUAACAGCUUGGUUCACUUGACCUUCAACUUAAGAGCUUAAUUAGUUUGGGAUUUGCAUUAAUAAUAAGUUUCUUGUACAGUUGUACUUGUGUGGACUACUUGUACGGUAUUCGUCAAAUAAAAAUUUAUUUGUCUUCUU